AUGGCGUGCCCGAUGUGCUGGCUCGGAGCUUGGCUGCGACGCAAGCUGAAGGUCAACAGCAGGACAGCGCGGGCUGAAAGAGCUGCACACGCCGAAAGAAUCCAACUUGCACGGCGCAACUCGUACAACAGAAGGGAUGCUCUCCCACCGCCAUACCCCAGGCCACCUCCAGCAAGCACAGAAACCCUCGACACCCUUCGCGCCCGGAACCCGCCAUCUCCAUUCACAAACAGGGCGGAGGAUGCAAUCAUCCCGCCUCCGCCUCCACCCACCGGCACGCUGCUGGAAGCUUGCCAGGCUGCCGCUCGGAAUGUCGGCCUCGGACUGAUCUCAGCUAUUUGCGAAGAUGAUCGAGAGAUGGUCGCCGCCCGUAUCCUUCGCACCAUCGCCACAAGUGUCUCUACCUGA